AUGCAAAUGGCUGCAGAGAUGGCAAGGGGCUGCACUGAUGACACGGGCAUCACUGAUGUCAAUGGCUGCACUGUUGGCAAGGGCCUUACAGAUUACAAGGGCUGCAUAUAUGUCAAGUACCUCGAUGAUGGUAAUUGUUGCACUGGUGACAAAGGCUGCACUUAUGACAAGGGCUGCACUGAUGACAAGGGCUGCACUGAUGGCAUAGACUGUACGGAUUACAAGGGCUGCAAUAAUGACAAGGGCUGCACGGAUAACAAUAGCUGCACUGAUGACAAGGGUUGCACAUAUGACAAAGGCUGCUCUGAUGACAGUGGCUGCAAUGAUGAUAAGGGCUUCACUGAUGACACGAGCUGCAAUGAUGGUAAGGGCUGCAUGGAUGAUAAGGGCUGCACAGAUGACAAGGUCUGCACUAAUGACAAGUGCUGCAUAAGUGACAAGGUCUGCACUGAUGACAAGGGCUUCACUGAUGACAAGGUCAGAAAUGAUGCAAAUGGCUGCACAGAUGGCAAGGUCUGCACUAAUGACAAGGGCUGCACAGAUGACAAGGUCAGAAAUGAUGCAAAUGGCUGCACAGAUGGCAAGGUCUGCACAUAUGAAAAGGGCUGCACAGAUGACAAGGGCUGCACAAAUGACAAGGGCUGUACAUAUGUCAAGGGAUGCAAUAAUGACGACACGAGUCCAGCUGAUGACAACAGAUGCACUGAUUGCAAGGGCUUCACAGAUGACAAAGGCUUCAAUUAUAACACGGGCUGCAAUUGUGACAAGAGCUGCACAGAUGCCGAAGUCUGCACUGAUGACACGGACUGCAAUAAUGACAAUGGCUGCACCGAUGACACGUGCCUCACUGAUGUCAAUGGCUGCACUGAUGUCAAGAGCCUUACAGAUGACAAGGGCUGCACAUAUGUCAAGUACCUCGAUGAUAGUAAUUGUUGCACUGGUGACAAAGGCUGCACUUAUGACAGGUGCUGCACUGAUGACAAGGGCCACAUUAAUGACAAGGGCUGCAAUGAUGACAAGGUUUGCACAUAUGACAUGGGCCACAAUAAUGGCACGGGCUGCACUGAUCUUCAUGGCUACACUGAUGGCAAGGGCCUCACUGAUGACAAGGGCCCCACCGAUGUCAAUGGCUUCACGUAUGACAAGGGCGACACUGAUGACAAGGUCUGCACUAUGGACAAUUGCCUUACUGAUGGCCUUUCUCAUGACAAGGGCCACCAUGAUUACAAGAGUCCCACUUAUGACAACAGAUGCACUGAUUACAAGGGCUGCACAUAUGAAAAAGACUGCACUGAUGACACGGGCUGCAAUUAUGACAAGGGCUGCACAGAUCACGAGGUCUGCACUGAUGACACGGGCUGCAAGUAUGACAAGGGCUGCACUGAUGACACGGGCUUCAAUUAUGACAAUGGCUGCAUUGAUGACACGGGCUGCUCUAAUGACGAGGGCUGCACUGAUGACAAGGGCUGCACUGAUGCGAAGGGCUGCAGAGAUGGUAAUGGCUGCACAGAUGAAAAUUGCUGCACUGAUGACAAGGGUAGCACUAAUGAUACGGGCUGA